AUGACGUCGGCGUCGGAAGCAAAACGUUUGCGGAACGACUCGCCCGUAAUAGAAAAUACAAAUAACAAUAAUACUAUUAUUGUUGUUGUAUAGACGUACACAUAGUUUGACGCAAAACGGAUAUGACAUUCGGGACGAACCACGCGGAUCGCUUGCGUAAACGGACUUCAUACCCUUGGUACUUCGAACACGUGUCUUCCAUUGUUAUCCGCGUGCGAUAUAAUUAAUAAACGCUCAUCGGAUUGUCGAAAUAUCCUUCCAACAAUACACCGCAUUUAUACAUAGGGUGUUUGUUAUUAUCGCGUACAAGCGAUUAAAAUUGUUACAAUAAUAUCUAUAUUCGGGAAGAUUUUUGAGUGAAUUUGAUUUUGCAGGCGAUUUUUCUCUUUCGAUUUUUCGUUGCCAUCUUAAUUACAGAAAUUCCACACGUCGACUUUUGAUUUUUUUUAUAGUAACACAUAUUUUUUUUAUAUACUUCGAUUUGAAAAGAUAAUCAUAGAGGCCAUAAGGAAUUUUUUGAAAAUGUCGAAAAAAUUUGCAUAAUUUAAUUAUGCAAAUUUUUAUCGGAUAGAAUACGUUAUAAAAUUAAAACUCUUUAAUAUUUAGGCGGGAGGAAUACAGUAAUAUAAGGAAUCCGUUAAUAAAAUUAAGAUUUUUGAAAAUAUAUCACAAAAAUAAGAUUCUAUCAAUUAAACGUCAAUCUAUAUAAUGUUUAAAAAGCGCCAAAAUUGCGAGUGUACUUAUUCGAAAAUUUUUUUUAGUUAAUCGUCGAUUCGUGUUACAAGAAUCACUCUGUAUAUUCUUAGUAACUCGUCGUAUUUAUAUAGCUUAUAGUGUUUAUAAUUGAUAUUAUAACGUCGUUUACUGACGGUUACGGGGUGACGUUAGCAAUAAUAAUUAAUAUCCGAUUAAAAAAAACAAAUACAAAUUGUUGUCGCACAUGCCACCCACCCAAGCAGAUUUUGGUUCGGAUUUCAAGGGGAGCAAAACAAAAUAGACGUUCCAUUUUAUCGAGGUCGAGUAUUGUUCAAUUUAUUAGUAUUACGGCAGAUUUUUUAAUACAAUUUUUCGUUUUCCGACCAAUAAUAAUUAUUAAGUAUUGACGAUUCAAAAUUAUAUACGCCAGUCGAUAAUUUAGUAUGCAAUGUAAUAAUUUAUUCUAAUAAUGCAUUUUGUUGGAUUGAAUACACCUUCGAUGUUAUUGAUAUCGACAAAAAAUGAAUACACAAUAAUUAUUGCAUUUCCGUAUUUUAUAUUAUUACUUAUUUAUUACUGACUCAGUGAAAUAUUUGUUAUAAUUAAUUUCAGGGGAUUGCGGCUUCGGUGUACAUUUUAGUUGAUUUAGACAUAAUUUAGACUAGACCAAACUGUGGAAAUUGUGUUUGACGAAUAUAAAUUUUGAAAACAUAUUAUGAUUCUCUAGAUUCUUUAUUAAGAUAUGUUGGAAAUUGAAAUUGAACUAUUUGACUAGAAAUUAUAAAACAAUUUGAUUGCAAUUAUUAACAAUUUAAAAAAUGUAUUUCAAAUAUUUUGCUUUUCGUCAAUGAUGGAGAAAAUUAAAAUUCAAAAAAUAAUUCCAACGUAUCCCAAUCAAAAACUUAUUAAAGAAUCAUAAAUAUAAUUUGUCAAUAUUUUAAAACUGUCAAACGCAAUUCCUGCAAUUAUUUAUCAUAUUUUAAUAGACGUUUCGUCUGACAUUUCAGCCUACAACAUUACUUGGUCGUCUUAUCAGUCUGUAAAAACGAGUAUCGGACAGUAGAUUAGUGGAAAAGUCUUAUCGUUAAGGAGGUCAUUAAAAUUUAAAAAAAAUUUUACAAAAUUGGAGACAAUUUGGAAAAACGUUAACCGAUCUUCUUAAAAGCAAUAACGGUUAUAAAUUAAUUAAUUAAUUAAUCACUAUAUUAUAUUAUAGGUGUUGGGUACAAUAAUAGGCACAUAUAGAGGCUUUUAAUAAACAAAUCGAACUAUCUUAAAUUUCAAGUAUUUCCAACUUCUCAGCUACGACGGUGGCCUACGAGUAAUACGAAGUAUGCCAACCAUUAUUACAUUUUAAUUCGUUUUAACUUUAUAAAGUCAAUCCAAUUGAUUGUUACUGAAAAGUCAAUUUCGAAAUUUCACCAGUAUCAUAAUAUAAUAUCCAAUUAGUAUAAUAUUUUUUUUUUCUUAUUAUUAUUUUUUUUUUUAACAUUUAAAACAAUGAGUUCUAAUGAGUUUUUGAUUCAUAUCAAUGAAUCUAAAGCUAUUGUUCUUACGCUGAGGUCCGGAUUUUUUUUUAUCAUUUUUUUUUUCUUUUAGUAUCACGGGACAUAUUAUGCCUUUGAAUGUUUUCUAAUCGAAUACAAUAUAUUAUAUAUUAUUUCGUAUUACUUCGGCUCCUUAUUUGAAACCUUUUUUUAAUUUCUCCAAUACUGAUGGAAAUAAUAUUCGUAGUGAUAAUAAUAAAACAAACUUUGACUCACGAACAUAUUCCAUUGCGUUUAUUCAUUCAGAAUAUUUAUCAAACAGAAUUUUUUUGGUUAAAAUAAUAUAAAAACCAUUAUUAUUAUUUUUUUUUUUUUAACGACGUGCAAAGACGUUAUUUCUUCGACAUUAAAAUCUGUAUACUGUAUAUUUUAUGACUUGGUUAACUACAGUAGGUAUAAGAUUCCUAUUAAAAGAUAUAUAAAAUAGAUAAUUCUUUUAGUGAUUUUUUUUUUUUUUUUUAGUUUAAUUUAGAAAAUAAAGUUUACUUACAAUAAAUUUACUAUACACAUUUGUGUUAAGGACAAUGAUAUUCCAAAAAAAAUAUCUGCUAACGUAUAAAAAUCUUUUAUUAAUUCAUACAAUUCCUAAGAUGACAUCAGCUUUAACACUACCAUAUUCAAACUUGGUUUUUUUUAUCGAUGGUAUUUAAGGUUUUAUGAACAACUGGUCGUUAACUAUAUAUUAACAUAUAGGUAUGAUCAGAAAUGUUUAUUUCUAGAAUAUUUUGGCGAUUAACAAUAAAACAAAUAUAAUUUAAAAAAAUUAAAAAAGCCGGAAAUUUCGCACGCGGGUUGGCCACUAUUGUAAAUGAGAAGUUGGAAAGGUAGUAGAGGAGAAAUUUAAUGUAUGUCUGUAAGCAAUGCUAACAAGAAACGAUUCUGAGCGGAGUUCAGUUGAUAGUGUUGCUUUAUCAACAAUAAUUAUGUCAUAUUAUGGUAAAAUAAUUGCAUAGGCAUCAUAUAUUUUCUUUAAUAUUAUGUGUUUAAUAUUGUACUUAUUUUCCCAUUUUUCUUGGUUUUCUCGUGUUUUUCCCUGUUUUUCAAAUUUGUUGGGAAAACUCCUGAGAAAAUCAAAAAAUUAACCUUAUUAAAGUAAAUUUCUAGUCCGAUUUUCUUUUAGAAAAGGUGCUACACUUGUAAAUUGAAGCAAGAUUUCUGGUAGAAAAUUUGUCCACUGAAAAAAAACAUCUUUGUAAAAUCAUAAGCUUCUCGUUUCAUUCAGAAUCUAAAAACAAUAAGUAUUAUUUAAUUUGGUUUUCACGGGCAAGACAAUCCCAUUUUUUAAAUAGAUUAAUUAGAAGAAAGAAUAAAAUACCAUGAUAGUAGUGGGGGGGAUAGGGGGUAUUAUGUGCACAGGCAUUUAGUUUGUCACGGCAAGACCGUACGGGACCAGCAAGUAAAUUACAAUGAAUCCGUUUAACUGUAGCAGUACUGUUUAACAGUAAAAAAAUACUUAAGACGGAAAUUUGACUGUAAUAGUUCGUAUAACGUAUUUAAACUUCUGUAAAAUGGAAAUUAUAAUGAGUAACGGGGGAGUUUUUUUCCGGUUCAGACAGUUUUCACUGUGGCCAUACUUUAAUCGGAUAUAUAAUCUCACACUUUCAGUAUAGGUAGUCGAAUUUCGGUCAACAAAAACACAUAAUUAUAAUUAUAAUAGUACCAUAUUAGAUGAACAUAUUAGAUAUCCGGCAAAACAAGCAAAUGAUAAAACAGCGGAAAAUCAGAUGCACACCGUGGAUGUAUAUUGUAUAUUGUAAAUGUAAUAUUUAAUUCGUUCCACUUAAUAAUCCUUGGGCAAUCACUAUAAUUAUAAGCUCGUUUGUCGACUGAUAAACACGAUAACAUUAUAGUUAUAUAACACCAAUGUCGUCGAAAAACGCAGACAACUCUUAUUGCAUAUUUUUCGUGAAGAAAACUAUAGUUUCACUCGUCAAGCAUGGAAUAUAAUAUAAAAUAGUAGGUAUUAAUAAUAGUUCAAAAAAAAUCGAUACUUACUAAAUUACGCAAUCGUUGGGCUGUGUUGAAAUCAAAUAUUUUAAAAGUCUGAAAAAUCGGAAAAUAAAAACCGGUAAAAAUGUACACCUGUAGCGUUUAAAUACAAUUGAUGAUUUGAUUUAAAUUUCUUGUAGAAUAUUGUAAGGAAAUUAUCAUAUUUUCUAUAUUAAUUUCUCAUUUUGGAUUCUGGCUAUAAGCAUUAAAAUUAUUUAUUUCUUCGAAUAAUAAUUUUUAAGUUAGUAAACAAUUGCUCAGAUUUCUGAAUGCCCUACUCAAAAGAUGCGGUUUUUUUUUUCAAAAUGUUCGUAUGCUUACCUUUAUGGCAUUUUAUCGGCUAUACAUUAUUCUACAUUAAUUCGAUUUUUUACAAAUUAGUAGACUUUUUUUAAAAACAAAAUCGUGGAUGAUAAUAGUUAACGUUUACAUUUCCAGAAAACAGUUUUCUUUUUUUUAUUUCCUUUAUUCGCAUUAUUGUAGUUGAUCGCAUUUCAUUUCCUGUUGGUCGUCAUAUAAUACGUUGAGAAUUAUGUAUUGUCUGAAAAUUGUAACUUCCGGUGGUAUUUAUAACGAAGCGUAUCAAAUUGUUGCAAAAUAUUGUUAUCCGCUUGAAAAAAAAUAAACUAAAUAAUGAUUAUUAACUUGUAACAAUACGUGACAACUUCACGGAAUUCUAAAUUUAUUUUUUAGUCAUGUUAAAUUGUUCGUGAACAAGGUUAUACCUAUAGUUUAUGGUGACACGUCAAAAAAAAAAACCGGUAAAAAUAUCCCAAACCAAAAUAAUCCUCGCAAAAAAAUUCCAUCACAAAAUAUCCCGCGUAAAUAUCAAUUCAAAAUUAUAUCCUAACAUUUUAUAAAAGUUGCUAUUAAGUAUGUAAAGCGAUUAGAAGUAAUAAUAGCACAGCGAUAAUCGCACUUUAUCUAAAGUGAUUGUGUGUUAUUUGUUAUUUUGAUAAUAGUAUAGUGUGUCGUUUUCAUUUUCUAAGACGCGUGUCGUGAGAUACAGUCUUAAAAUGAGUUAUUUAAUUAGCACUUUUUAUAAUUUUAAAUAAUAAAAUGUUAGAAAUCAUCCAAAGCCAAAAAGGCAACAAAUUACUAAUAUUUGAAGUCUAUUCAUUCAGUGUAUACCGAAAAAGCGAAAAUAGAAUAAUUUGGCGUUGCUAUGAAUACAAAAGUAAAAAUUGUUUAAUUAAAUUAAUAUUUUGCAAUGAUGGAAUAUUUUCAUUGGGAUAUUUUGUCGUGGAACCCUUGUUAUUAAUCCUUAGGUGUUUACAAACUAUAGAACCUAACAUUUUUAAACAAUUUAAGGUUUUUAUUAUUGUAUACACUGUACAAUAGUUUACAUAUAUUGAGAUUUACACUUAAUUCGUGGCUGUAGAUUGGAGAUAUUGACUACGACGAUACGUACAUAGUAGGUAUAUUCCAUAUAAACUAUGGUUUAAUUAAGUUCAAAUAUUCAAUAGUUUAACAUUAUUUAAAAAAUUGUCGAUUCUAUAGUUUGUAAAUAUCUAAGGAUUAAGAAUAACAAUACAACAGUACUUGGUCGAAAGCCUUAUUAGUAAAAUCUGUAUAUUAAUAGUGUCGACAUGAGAAUGUUAAGCAAAUUACUCAUAAAAUAGAGGUUAAGAUAAGAUUGAAAGUGACAGUUGAUCAACCCGAUCGAAACCAACGGUGUUCUUAAAUCAGAGAGGUAUUGAUUAAUGACUGGAUUAAUCGAAGAACUGAUUCAAAUGUUUUCGAUGCAUGAUAGAGAUUUGAAAUAGGGAAACCAUUCACCACUAUAGAGGGGUCACCGGUUUUUGAUAAUUUCUUCAUCAUCGGCAAUUAAGAAACAUGUAUGCAGUCUGCACACGACUUCAGAAACGAUAAUAUACAGUGUUAGUCAAAACAAUUGCACGAAUCGAAUAAAUAAACAUUAAAUAAAUUAAAAAUUAAUUUUAUUUACGUAUUUCAUCGAAAAUUACUUUGAAAAUAUAAUCAAAUGUUUCCAAACUAACGCGCGUAAAAUUUUUAAAUUUACCAAGUUCUCGUAAAAAACGUAAUUUAAUUAAAUAAUUUUCCGCUCUUUUUUUAUUAAAAGAAAUACCCAUAUUGUUUUUUUAUUUUCACUAAGUUGAACUUCUAACAGAAAAUGUCGUAAUAUAGGAACAGCAAUAUCUUCCUCAUCAGAAGACAUGUUGGCGACUAAUAUUAUUUGACUAGUUGUGCUUUUUUACUAUGCGAUAUUUGCUGAUUUAGGUAUUAUGACUAAAGACAACUAAAGAAAAAUUACACAAAUAAUUGUAAACAAUUAUUAUCGAAUAUUGUGUGGGGGCACGCUCCUUCUCCGAAAUUUUCUUUUUAUAAGUUAUUUUGGUGUAUUUGAUAAUUUAAAAAAACAGUAAGUAUAAGUAAUAAUACAAAUUAUUAUCGUGCAUCUGACUACACUACUGUAUGUUUUAUGACCAUAAUUUACUUAUAGUUACAGAGAGUCUCACUGUGUUUUUUUUAUGGUAAUGUCUCUGACCAGGGGGACCUGGGAUCUAUUAUUUCUGGUCCGGUUCAAUUAACCAGCCUGGACCGAUUACUGACCCGUUUCCUUAUCUGUUGGUUUAGGACCAUCUCUGCUAAUCUAGUCCUCUUUACCCGAUCCGGAUCGCAGAUUCCGCCAGAUUGUGGUUUUGAGCCUGAAUCACGAUCAAUUCACAAGAGAAGGUCUAAGCCGGUUGGCCCCGGCCUCAACUUAGGUACUUAUUAUAUCUAUACUUGGUCGUUUGAUGACUAUAAUUACUUAUAUAUUUAUUAUACUAUAGAUAUGGUGUAUUUUAUGUGUAACAAUAGUAUCGAUGUACCGUAUUAGAUGUUUGUAGGAAACAAUUGUUCUUUAUUUUUAUUUAGUUCAUUUAGUUAAAGCACAAGAUUACCUGCCUUUUUUUCUUAAAAUAAAAUCGUACAUAAAUGUUACAAAAAAAAUGAAAAAUAAAAGUGAAAAAUUUCCCCUACAAAACAUAUACAAAUCUAAACGAGCUAUACGAAGUCAAAUCGUUUUUCAAAACAGAAAUCGGACUAUUGGAAUAUCUGUGUUUAUUUUACUCUCGCUAAUUAUUAGUAAUUUGUGUGAAAAAACGAAUUGGUUUCGACCGCCAUAAGAUCAAUAUAGUAUACUAUUGUAUUAUUAUUAUUGUAGGUAAUUGACACUAACGUACACUGAGUAUUUAAAAACAGCGAGUAAAUUUAGAAGGGAGUUAUAAUAAUGGUGUCGAGGAUUUAUAAGAAACUUGUUUUUUGCCAAAUCUGACCCGUGAGCAAGUGCUGCGUCGUUCAAUCUCGAAGAGAUAGGCAUAUUGUAUGCAACGUAAAAUUAAAAUAGGAAGGUCGACGCGAUUAAAAUGCACUUACAGUUAAAUAAUAGUAGGUAAGUAUCUUUAACUUAAUCAAAAAUCGUAAAUAAUCCGGAGUCUUGUCUUUUUUUUUUUAAUUUUAACAAAAAAACUGUUCGAUUAUAAUACGAGUUCAAUUUUAAUUAAAAACCGGUCACGGUUUUUCACCGGAAAAAAUUUUUUUAGAUAACGGGUAGGUAUACUAUGUUACAUAAAGAGUGUGGAUUUAUAACAGACUUCUUUUUUUUCUCAUAGCUUUUUUUAAGAUAUGGCUUUCUUAAAAUACAAAGCAUGAGUUAUAAUUCAGUAACAUUAUGAAAACUUGUUUUCAAAUUUACGUUUUACUUAACUGAUCAUUUUAAGCUAUUUUUAUCGAUAUUUAUUUUAAAUUUAUUAUUAUUCAAGUUUUUGAAUAAUUCAAUUUUUAUACAUUUUAAUAAGAACAUUAAAAAAGGAACUUUUUUUUUAUUAAUAAGUGUAACUUAUGAUGAACCUUGUUCAAUUUUCAAAUAUUUUUGUUUGAUCAAACAAUUUCAUCUACCAAAUAAAACUAGGUAAAAACCUUGCAAAUAUAAAAUAUUUAUAAAGGGCUCAAAAAUCGCCAAAAUGUUUUGAACAUUUUACCACAAAGGCUAGUAUAAAAACUUGUGAACAUUUUAACUCUCUACGAUAAUUUUUAACCACUUUAUACCAUAAAUCCAAAAUCAAAUGAAAUGUAUAAGUAAAAUAUAACGGUCUUUCUUUUCUGUGGACAACUUUUCUAUCAGCAAUUUUGUAAUGAAAGCACUUUUUCUAAAGAAAAUCUGACUGGAGAGGUACUUUAGGGAGGUCAUAUUUUGAUUUUCCCAAGAGUAUUCUCGAUAAAUGCGAAAAAAAUAAGAUAAACGGGAACAUAGGUAAUAUUAAUCAAAUAUUAUUAAAGAAAAUAUGUAAUAUUUUUAAUUAUUUUAGCAUAAUAAUGACAUUAUAUAUUGUUGACAAAGCAACAUUAUCAACCGAACUCCGCUCAGAAUCGUUUUUUCGUUAGAAAUGGUUAAUUGCUUAUAGAUAUGCAUUAAACUACCUGUAAUAAUGUUUAUACCCGUCUCCAUUAUCCUAGGAGAGGUUUUUUUUAAAUUUGUAAACGCAUUUAUGAUUGGCUUACCAAGUAAUUAUUAUUAUUGGGAUUUUAAAUGGUUUUUUUUUUUUAUAAUACAUGUACGCAGAAAAUCGAUGAUAUUUUUUUAAAAUAAUUUAAUUAAUUAUAACGAAAAAUGUCCGUGGUAAUUCCAAUUUUGUCUACGUUUUUAUCCUAAUUAUUAAAAAACUAUAGAAAAAAUAAAAAAAUGCAGAUAUACAUAGCGCAAUAAGUAGUCCACUGUUGCAGAUGAGAAGUUUAGAAGAUAGGGGGGAAUUUAAUUUAUAUAUGUAUGUAGCGAUAAAUCAUUGCUAAAGAAGAUCCAAAAUGCUACAAAAAUGGUUUCUUGUUAUUAACAUACUAAAAAGACGACAUUUUCUUUCAGAAAAAAUACCACACUUAAAAAUCAGACCAACAUUUCUAGUAGAAAAGUUGUUUACAGACAGAAAAAAGGAACUUAACAGAAUUUUUUCAGAAUUUGACCAAAUCAAACUGAUUUCAACUUUCACGUCCGUUCGAAAUUCUCAAACUCGUACUUUUAAUAUCGUAUAAGUAGAUAUUAAUAUACGUAUAGCUGAUGGUACAUCGAAGACGUGGCGCUGUUUUUCGCGUAUUUUUAUUCACAGUUACUUCAUCGAACAAUGUUGCUAUUUUCGUUUUGUUUUUUUAUAUAUAUUAUUGUAUUUUGUUUAUUAUUUUUUACAUCAAUAGCGACAUACGUAACUUAUUCGCGUGGUUUCGAUGACACACAGUUUUUUCUUCCUAUAUUAUAGACACACAGUUAUAUAACACGUACCUAUAGUCUGCCAACCGUUUCUGUAUUAAGAAUAGUUAGUUUUCUGCGAUUCUGUUCUAUCAAAAAAAAAAAAAAAAACCUCAUAUAAAAAUAUAUAUGUUAUUAAAAUAGCCGCUUAACGUUAUCAAAAUAUUAUUUACCUUUCUAUAUUGUGUACACCUAUAAAAUAUGUUAAAACUCGAUUGUUUUCGUUUGGUUACACCGUUUCUAAUAAAUGUACGUUAUGUAAACCUCUUAUAUACGCCAAUGUUAACGCACACUUAAUUUUGUAUCAUUUUUUUUUCAAAAAGGAACUUUUACUAGCGGGAAAAUAUCGUCAAAGAGAGACGUUAGGCUCCUUGGGAUCAGGGGCCUCCGAAAAGCAUCUCGUUACCCAAAGGUGGAGUGAUAAAAAAAGUUAUGGUCUAUUAUAUUUUUAUGUCUAUCUAAUAAGCAAUAUACCUGUAAAGAUGUAUAUUAUAGAUGUAUAGAUGUGUAUUCGUAAGUACUUCCAAUAGUGUUCAGGAUCUAAUAUAUUAUCUUCAAUUGAAUAGAUUCAUCCAAGGAAGAUGAAUACAUUUAAUUAGUUUUAAAGUGGAAUUUCUUGAUGUACUCGUAUUCAUUAUAGAAUUUCAAUUGAGAUGAAAAAUAAUAAAUAGUUUUGUAAUGAUAAUAAAUUCUUUGUGAAAUUGAUAUCGACAAAUUCUCCUUUGAAAACAUAGUAAACGUAGUCGUCUUUAAUUUGGUGAAAUAAUUUGUGUCUUCUGUUCGUUAUCUCCUGAAUACUAUUGGAAGCACAAAACACAUUUUUACUAUAUUGCCCGUUAAAUAUACGGCCAAUGGUUACACUAUGACGCCCUCUUAAGAGAAAAUAGCUGUCUUAACACGUUUCUAUAAUAUUAUGACGAUUUUUUUUGAUUUUAAGAAACGGUAAUGAUGUAAAGGGUUUUGAUUAUCCGGAGGAAGUAGGGGUACUUGUUUGAUUGUUCAUGACGUUUCAUUUUUUUUGGAGAGGGCCUAAAUAUUAAAUUCGUAUUUGACUUCGUGGCCCCCGGGUGUGUAGUUGCACCACUAGUUAGGCCUGUAACGGUUUUUAUCGAAAUAUAAAUCAAAUUGUAUGAACGACAAUAAAUUGGAUACAGUAACGAUUUCGUAAAUAAAAAAAACUUAAAAUCGUCGCCUUUUUACGUAACAAUAAACCGUAGAUAAAAAUGUCACCAUGUGGUUUUGCUAUUACAUAUUACGCAGUUAAUUGCAAUUAUUGAAUAAUAAUACUAGAAAUCAUAAUAAUAAUUUUAGUUCAGUUGUUUUUACUGUAUAAAAUAGCAAAACUAUAGUGAUACCCGAUUGUUAAAACAAACUAAAAAAAAAAACCUGAUAUACAAAUGAAAGGUUUAAAACCGAAUAUGAACAAAUAAUGGAAAAAAAUUAUGCAUAUUUUGUACUUAAGGGUGUCCGUUUGAAUUCAGUUUUUGGGAGAGGGGGUCGGCAUUUUAAAGUCGAAACCCUUACUCGAUCCUAUUUGAUCAUUACAUAGAGAACAAAUGUUUUUUAGUCGAUUCCAAAUAAUAAAUUAUGAAUCAGGGAAUGCAACUGAAAAUAAAACGUUUUGUUUUUACUUUUGUUUACAUUUGUUUUUUCAUUUAGAUUUUUUCUUGGCUGCGAUCGAAAACACGAUUGUAAUACUACUCGGCUCGGCAUAGUUUUAUCAUUCCUAACAAUUAUUUAUCGUCAUAAUAUACAGUACCUAUAAGAAGGUAUAAGGCAUAAUAAGUAUAAAUGUACAUAUAAUACAAAUUAAAUUAUACCCUGUAGAUUAAUUAUAUAUCAGCCCAACUGCCCACCUACAAGGUGAGAUUUGUUUUACGUUUUCGUUUUCAAAUGUUAUCCACCAAAUCGAUGACAAUUACAUUCGCCCGUACAUAAUAAUAAUCGGCCUUGGCCGCCGCCGGUUCCUUCGGCGUUCGUUCCGACACGUUCCCCGACGACAACGACGGCAAUAAUAAUAUAAAAAUAUAUAACGUGCGGCGAUGCACUCGCAACCGUCAGUCUAAUAUAGCCGGUAUACCGGGAAUAUAAUAACGAGAUAAUAGAUAUAAAAAAAAAAAAAAAAAAUCGAAAAUAAUAAAAAAUCAAACGCGUAUAAUACGAACGCGAUUCGCCACCGUGUUCGCGUAGAAAGGGAACGUUGGCCGUCGUCGCCGGGAGAAAGGGAGAGACGAUAUUAUCAUCAUCCUCGGCCGGCCGUCCGUAAAAAUAUUCUUCGAGUACUUACCAACCAGCAGCCGACCGGUCCGGAAUCGCCAGUCCAACAUUCAUCAGGUAAGUUUGAAUACUAUAAUUAUUAUGUGUAGUAUAAAUUAUCAUUAAAAAGAACGAAACGCGCGUGAUUUUUCUAUUAUUUUUCCGUCGUGUCGGUUUUUUGUUUUUCACCCAUUUUGUAUUUUACUCGUGUUGUUUUCGCGCGUUUCGAACGGUUUUUGAGUGGUGUAAAACCGCGUCCGCGGAAAACGAAACUCCCAGUUCACAGAUCAGGAAAUUUCCGUUUGUCACGUGGUUUCGUGACGGGAUACCAUAUUUCCAUCUAGUCUCGUGAAAUUCGAUUAUGACGUACGAGUUCGAAUUUCCGUUUUACAGACCGCAGUGUGAUUUACCGGCUAUACACAACGAAUAUCCGGAGGUAUUGUUUUGUGUUGCGGUCAAACUCGUACGGCGAAACGAACCUAAAACAACCCAGAAGCAAUGCUGGUAAAAUCCGCCCAGUACCCGUCCGCGAAAAUUUCCAAAACAUUCCCAAUACAUUCCGACCAUUUUUUUUUACUAAACUCGCUGCAGAAAACGCGUGGGUACUGAUAUUUAACUAUUUUUCGUGAUUUCUCGUGUCAAGCACACCCCGACGGACUCGAGAAGCGGCCGUUUCUCAAAGACUCAGCUAAACUCCGGUACAUUUCGGAAUCCAAAAACACUUUGUUCGCUGCGAUUAAAUUUCCGACCGUGCGCGCGGCUUUGUAUUAUAAUUCUAACUUAUAAGGAAGGUAUAAUUUGUACGCCGAACCGCCGAAUCCUCGCACUCGCCUCGCAAACGCCACCGCCGUAGCCGGGAACAACGGUAACCGCGACGCGGACGCAAUUCUCUUUCUUUUCCACGUUCAAAUGGAAUUUUCGCGCAUAUGCACGCGGCCCGUCCUUCGCGUGCACAAUUCCGGACCGAGCUGUUACGAAAUAUUCGAUACAGAUCGUUGCCGUGGUCGGUCGUGGGCGAGACCACACGUCGCCGUGACCGCGGUAAACAACGCUAACAACAAUAUAACGAGAAAAUAAACAUGGCUAUUUCGACGCGUGGCGCGCACACGUUUAAACGGCGUGAACGUCGGUCGUGCCCAAAACGAGGUGGAGGCCGCCGUCUAUUCGGAACGGCAAGCGGCGUUUGACCGGGCGAUAGAUCCCACCGCAACGACCGUUAUUGCGCGCGUAUGUUUUGUUGUCGAACGUCAUUUCAUCCCGUACACGGUAAAAGCGCGCGGAAAGUCGGCGAGAAUACCGAACGAACGAGGCCAAUGUGCGUUACACACAUUUUGUUUCCGUUACCGACACCGCACACCGAAUUGCCCGUACCACGGUAUUAUUGCGUUCUGGCGGACCCGCGGAACGUAAUCGGGAACGAGGUUUACGCUGUACGUGUCCGCCGAGUGUACUUGUAAUUAUUUUCGCCCGACGCGAUCCUUUCGAUGCAAAUACAGUGAGACUCGGCGUCUGCCGUCCUGACCUAAUCAAUAACCAGUAACGGUUGAAUUUAUACGGGACGCAAAGUUCACUGAAACCUCGACCGAAUCGCAGACAAGACCGCGGUACUUAUAGAUUAUACCGGAGGAGAAAGAUUUUUGAAUUUCGAUUUCUAGACGGGUGAUGCUCGAAUUUCGUACUUUUUUUUUUUUUUUUUUUUUUCAAGUUUUCUCGGUUACAUAAAAAACCACGGUACCCGUGAAUAAGAUGGUCCGGGAUAAAACACCACGGGAACAACACGGGAAACCAUUGUGUAAAAUGGAAUUUUUUUUUUUUUUUUUUCGUGUUUCCCGGUUAACGCGUGUAAACUCGUGCACCGUUUACUGACAUUCUGUUGUUCAACACUAUCUCGGACGACUAUAGUAUCUCACCGGAGGGGUCCAAUAUCCGUCGCCGAAAUUCCGGAAAACCGGUCGCCCUACGUCUGCACCGCAAAGUGUAAACGGAUCGGAUACCUUUGAAAAGCGGACGGAUACCAACGAAAUCGGCACACCGCGCAGUAAUAUGUCGUUUCGGCAUGCAGUCGUACGCAUUGAUAACCCGCGAACUCGUAUUACUCACUGCGUACCCGACGGACGGCCAGUGGCCAGGUGGCGUAUUGACAAUGUUAUUUAAGAGUUACGGCAUUUAAACGAGGGAGGGGGCAAGGCGAUCUGUUUUGUAUUUAAAACGUAUAACAGUUUAUGUAUUGUAUUAAUCAAAUUUAAUAUUUGAAAAAUAAUUGCCCAAUAAUUAUAAGUGGACAGUUUAACGAACUAUAGGAAAUCUAAUUACGUCGUACACUCGCAUGCGUUAUUAAUAUAUACGAAUUUCGGUAUAGAUUUUUGAUAGGUGUAUUCGAGUGAAACGAGCGGAACGGCUGCCCUACGGGUAAACGUAGUUUAACACGACACCGAGCAGUGUCGUCCCGUAUACCGUGAUUGUUACGAUAUCCGUUUUGUCUCGAACAAUAUAGGCGCGAAAAUCGUCGAAAGCGGCACCGCUGUGUGUCUAGCACCUACUUAUGCGAAUACACAAUAAAUAACAACGUUACUAUUAUCGUCGCGCGACUACAACAAUGUCGGUCCCGGCGCCCCCGGUGCCGCCGUCGCGGAUGUUAUUGUCCCGGGGGAAAGUCUGUGUACGAGAACGUGGCGGACAAUUAGGUAUUAUCAAGGAUAGAACGGAAAUUUCGCCCGAGUGUCGUCGGGCGCCGUAAUAUUUUAUAAUGUCGCCGUGUCGAAUAAAACCGAUAAAAUCACAACGACAAGAGCGUGCAUAGCGAAAACGCGGUUCAAAAUGCUCGGCAAAUGUCGCGCGACACGGGAACGCGUUUGCGAGAGCGGCAGCCGUCAAAGGGAACGAAGCCGCGUAAUACUGUCCGUACGUGUAUACGCCGCGCAAUUCCUAAUAGUCCGGAACAGUUUCCGAUUUCCGUCGGCCGACGGAUUUCGCGUGUCAGACAUUGUCAAACGAAAAUCGGAAACUAUGCCGGACUAUUAGGAAUUGCGCGGCGUAUAUACGUACGGAUAGUAUUACGCGGCCAAGGACGUUGAUCCGUGUUUUGUAUUAGGCGCGCGCAAUACGAUAUAUCCGAACGGCGUCGGUGUAAAUGACGAGUUGUGUCCAAGUACAACGAAACGCACAGAGGGAAAGAGAGAGAGAGAGAGAGAAAAACAUCUACUGGUUUCAGGAAUAUUAGGUAUAUCCGUCCGGGCCGGGGAACCACUGUAAUAAUAAUAUUACGUACUGUCCUCGGGGCGUGCUUCAGAGUGCACUCGUCACUUCUCGGACGUAAUAUUGCAUCACAACGCCGACUUUGAAUCCGUUUUCGGCUCGCCUCCUCCGGCGACCGCCCCUCCCCCGCGGCUGAAGAGCCAGCCCGGGGAACCGGUUCGGCGUUGUGCAACCGCGGUCGGCAGUCGCUUUCGUUUCGACGAGGUAUUUUCGGUGCAUUUUUUUUCUCCGCUCAACGCGACGUCGACCGGUCACAAUUCGAAUCCUCGCGGCCGCCCUUCCGCGACGGAACAGAUAAUUUACAAUAAGUGUCCGUGCGUACACACGAUUUAUGUUUUCGGGACAACACCCGAAGAUUUCCGGGGUCUUUUGUCGUUUUCAUUAUUGUUGUUAUUAUACUGUGCGUGUGUGUGUAUUUUCGUAAUUUCGUUCUCGUCUAUAUAAAUCGCCACCCGCCAGCCGGUCGCGGAACAGCGUGUGUGUAAUGCCCCGUUCAGGUGAAAGUGAUCGCUGACGUAAUACCGGUAAUAAUAAUAAUAAUAAUAAUAUUAUUAUUAUUAUUACCUAUUAUAACGAGGCGUAUAAUAAUAUAAUAUUACGGCGCGUGACGAACGUUUGUCGUUUGUCGACCGAUCGCCCGAUUUUCCGUUUGUCACUUUCGAAAGGAAAAAAUACUCGGACCGUCAGGCGACUUGGUGGGGGCCGCGCGCGCACUAAAGUCCCGAACGAAACGUGACGUCGGUAGAACAUCGACAAAAUAUCGACGGCAUUACAAAAACAUACGUUCUUCUCUCUAUUUCUUCUUAUAUUCUCGCCGCAUCUCCGCGUUUUCGUCCGUUCCUUUAUAAUAUCGUCUCGCCUCCAGCGGCGUAACUAGUACUCCUAAUGCCCGUCGCUCUAAAGACCGAACCGAUAAGCAAAGGAAAAAAUAAAGAAAAAAAAAAUCGUCCAAUAAUGCCCAGGCCCUUGGUCUAGGCCACUGCUAAGGCACUCAUCAGUUUGUCCACUCGGCAUGUACGCCGCUGAUCACCCCCCCCACCCCCGUUAAUAAGUUCAUCGUCUCGACGUUCCGAUUUAAGCUACACAUUUGCGUUUCGCCUCCAUUAUACCGGACGCCCGGACCCGCAUGGAUAUAUCGUCGACAAAACGUAUCCGAUACGCAAUACAUAUGUCGUAUCAGGCACUCGAUACGAUAUCGAAAUAUACAAAACUAAACGUGCUAUAGAACCGAAUCUGGUACAAUCCGACAACCGCACCGAACCAACAAUAUUACAUUAUAUAGUACGAUGUUGCGAUAUUGUAUUACGGGCACCGGACGUAAGAGACCGGUGUGUUAUGCAACUAGCGGUGGGAUAACCUUUCCGGAAGUGGACGGUGGCGGUCGGUACGUAACGGUAGUGCAUGUGGACCGCAGCCAACACGACGGUUGUUACGUAUCGUUUCGGACCACCGUGCACAAACAAGAACGGCCGACGACCGCGACGUUCGGUUGCGCGAAAUCCUCGUGAAAUCGCACGCCUGUCCACGGUACCAAUACACAUGCCGAUACAUUAAACUCAUCCGGGGAACUAUAAAUUGCAGCAAUGUGAAAAAACAACGAAAGCCAUUAAAUCCUCUCACGUUAUUAUUCUUCUCCUCUAUCUCUUUUCCGAACUGCGAUCGGCCACCUUGCAGGUCUCCUAAAUCUCCACCCGGACGCGGUAUACACCUUUCAUAUCAACCUACACGGUGACCAUCUUCUUUCUUGGCUUUGUUAGACUUGAACCAACCUCGUCUACUUGUCUAUGCUUCGCCUUAACCCAACAACGUCUGCACUAUUUCCAUUUAACAUACACUCUGUUGUAUUUUUACUAAACUAUUUUUACAAACCAACCAUUCGUAUAUACAGUUUCUUUCCUUGUUUUCUUCGAGUGUUCUUUUGUACGUUCCUCGCGUAUCUUCCUAUUACCUAUUGUUAACUACUUUUAUUGCGCGGGCAUUGAUUUUUUUUUGAUUUUUGUUGGCCUUAUACAUUGUGUUAAUUUCUUUAUUUUACGGGAGUAUAAUAUGUUCGUUUAGCCAUCUCGUACGGGCCGAGCGCGAACACAACAUCCGCCCGCGGACCACUUAGCGGAUCCAUUCAGCGACAGACGACGCGCACAUUAAAGUUAUAA